AUGGGCAAUACCCAAUCGGCCGAAGCCCCUCGCAGGCAUCGGAAGCUAUCCAAGCCACCAGUCUGCACCUAUACAUCGGCAGCUGGUCUGCCAUACGAUGCUACUGCUGUGACACCCCAUCAUGAGCACUUCUCCAACUCGUAUCUUGUCGGUUCGCUGCCACCGCCUCCCAAACAGGCAUCCUCGACGAGAGUGGCGCCUGCUGGGAUCGGUAUAGCCGUGCCAGUCGAUGAUGUCCCAAGUCCCUUGUCGUCUCCGACGUGCAGAGAUGCUCGACGAGAUUCAAUGCCGCGCAAUGGCGUCCUACGUUCACAGUCAGUCCAGUCAGAGCAGCCUCCGAGGAUGCCAAGCUCGGUCAACCGCUCCAGGGCCAGCUCCAUUGCCCACGACGGAACCCAUUGCUCCCUGACGCGCGCCGAAAGCAUGCCAAUGACUGCCCUGCGUGGCUCUGCCAGCUACGACACGAGAAGCCCCGAGGGCAGACAGCUACAGCUACUCAACGCCAAAAAGCUCCCAAGCGAACCCAUCAUCACAUUCGAGAGCCUUUCUGAGAUCAGCCAGGAUGUGACAGAUGACACCAACAACGGUAACCAAUCUGCAGGCACGCCCAUCAGCAGAACUAAUUCGGACGUCUCCCUGUACAUGCCAAUGCGUCGGCGCUCGGCCAUUCAGAAGCCAGGCGUAGCAACCAGAGCUCACCAUUCCAACCACCCAAUCUCGGCCAAGUCGAGCUUCCGCAAUAGUCAUCCACCAUCCCCCAGUCAGACGCGUCACAACUCAAUUGAGUCGGACCUGGUUCGGCGCAUGUCCCUACCUUCAAUCCCAUCCAGGACGCAAUCUCCAGAGCGAGUCACGACCCCAACCGAGGCAGACUACCGACAGCUGGGUGGCAUGAAAUUUGGGUCCCUGCGUAUCACAAAUGGAGCGCCAGUGGCUACUCCUGUGCCUGAGGAUGACGUCAAGGUCCAAGGGGUCUCUGAGUCGGCGUGGGUGUCUCCCCGCGAGGGCUACUUUGAUGAUGUGGUCGACCCUUCAACCUUGGCGAAGCCCAACGUGGCCGAGCCUAGCGAGCCUGUCACGUCUGGGCAGCCCGUCACUGCCGCCCGAGGCUCUGUUGCCGAGCAAUUGAGCGGCCCAGCAGAGCCUAGAACAUGCGGCAGCGAGAUGUCUGAGAAGGGGAAUGCUGAUUCAUUCCCCGUUGCCGAGGUGCUGGAUGUGAGGGAAGAUCCAAAUGCGAAGCCCAGCCCGGAAAAAAUCCAACAGGAGCUCGAGAACAACAUGUUUAAAGGACUGAUCAGGACUGACAGUGGCUUCAUCCCAUGUCCUUCGUUUGAGAGCACUCGCCCGGCCGCCUCCAAGGUCGACAGCGGCUACAGCUCCAAUGUUUCUCUUAGAUCACUACCCAGCUUGAGAUCCGCUGCAACGGAGAGAAGCACCAUGACCUCUGACAGGCUCGACUCUGAUGUCACGGGCAUCAGCUCCCCGUCUGACUCCAACUCGACCCGUACGUCCUCUCUGGCGCCAUCGCAGACGCACAAUCGCCUCCCAAUUCAUCUCGAAGUCCCUCUACAGUCGACCGAUGAUGAGGCUUCUACUUGCCCAACCACUCCCACCAGUCCGACCAGCCAGACUACUCGCUCAUUUUCGUCCUUUGCUCUGGGAAGCCGGAGACGCCUUUCUUCGCUGACAUCGACCAAGAGUGAUGUUCGCACAUCGAAGUCCGGCCAAGAGGUCCCAGUCCCCAUCAUUAUCACCGAUGACCACGCCGAGACGCAGCUGUCCUCUCCAACCAGAAGCGAUGAUGCCACUGGACGCAAGCUAUACCGGUUCCUGAGCGGCACUCGUAAGAAGGGGCCGCCCAAGGUCCGAAAGGUUCGGACAAUCGAGAGAGAAGACCCGACCAAUCCGCCUCCUGCUCAAGAACUGCGUGGGCUUGUUGCUGGGAUCAAGUCUACGCCUCGGACCCCUGGUCUCCGGGGAGAGCCAAGCAAGGAUACUCUGCAAACAAUCCUUAGUGAGGGAAACCAGGACCCAAAGAAUGGGAUUGAACGUCAGAAGGAUGCUGCGGGAGGCGCCAACCCGGAAACCCCCAGGAAGAUUUCCAGGCGUCAUUCAUGGCGUAAGUCGUUUGCUCAAAUGUUUGGCUCCCGAAGCCCAAGCGUCGCCACAGUUGCAGAGCAUGAGGCCGAGACAUCUCAGACAAUCCAGCCGCGCCCAACAAGCGGUGUCGAGCGUCGUGCCACCCAGCCAAGCAUCACUCGCAGCCCGCGCAACGUUGGUCCCCGUCAGGUGCCUAGGAAACACUCUAGCAGCUCCAGCAACUCAGGCUCCCCGACCAAGGCAAGCAUGCCAAGGUCAGCAUUGCGGGACAGGCGAGAUAAGCCUGAGCUGGCUCACCUUCGAACAAACGUUUCAGCCCCCAAUCUGUCAGAGACUCGUCGAUCGCCUCACAGUCCUGCUCGUAGCGAGCUAAACAGUGCUCUUCGAACAAGGACCUCGCCGCCUGUGAGCAUGCAGACUAGAAGCGGAAAGCCCUCUCGGGGCAAGGUGCAAGGUCAUUCUAGAUCAAUGGCUCCAUCUCACUCGCGCAACUCGUCCCAUCCUACUUCUAGCCGAAGACUCUCGUUGCCACAAGACCUCAGUCGUUCCACACUCCAGAGCCGCCAUUCCACGCAAGCGGCACAGGGUUAUGCCGAGCCACGUAGUCCCAAUUGGAGCAAAGCCAUGGCCCUGGAUGCUGGCCCUCAGCAAGUGCAGGCUGCUCAACAGCCACGAGUCUUGUCCUACUCCAGCACCGGUGUCCAGCAGUCAGUCGUGACCACUUCCCAAGUGAGGCAGCAUCGACGAGCCUCGGCGCCACCUCAGGGAUUCCAGGCUGCUAAUGUGCCUCGCUCAAGAAGCCACUCCACCCUCUUGCAACAGCAGCAGCAGCAGCUUCAGAUCCAGCAGCAACAACAGCAACAGUUUGAGAUUCAGCAACGACAUCAACAGCAGAUCCAGCUCCAGCAGCAUCAGCAGCAACUUCAAAUUCAGCACCAGCAGCUUCAGCAACAGCAGAUCCAGCAGCAACAACUCCAGCAACGAGUACGGCAUCAGUCGCAGCCAUCUCUGCAGGCAUGGACGCCCGUCGAGGCAUACAACCUCAACCAGCAGCUGCAGCAGAACUACAUGUUACAAAACCCAGGUGUGGUUUACGGAACACCAAACAUGAUCCAGCAGCAUCCCGACAUCUACGUCACGAACCCCGUCCACCGUAGGGCAAGCUCUCAGGGGUCCGCUUACGGACAGAACCCGCCAUUCCGGGUCCUCCACAGCUACAACUCGCCCGCGUAUCGAGGCGCUCCCAUCUGGGGUUGAUAAGAUGGGACAGUGUUUAACUAUUCGCUCCCUUUUUCAAGUUUUUACACCCUUUAAGAUACCACAUGAAGCAAAGGGUCUUUUAGUUCGUUUUCGUUUGGCGUUUCUAUAGGUAGCCUUUCCUCAGGGUGAUGGAAUUGGCCCACUGCGUCCACACGCAUCAACUCGAGUUGUACACUUUCAUUCCGGGAACUAGGGACUGUAUUAGGGAUUUGCAUUUGGCAUUUCGGGACUGUUUGAGACAACAUCAUCUGUGUUAGCUAUUCCUUCUCUUAGUUGUCGGCCUGUUAACAGUCAACAUUGCCGUCUUUUACUGGUUGCUCAUACAGAAGAAAAGCGUGGUAGUGUAGCGGUCUGGCGAGUUUAUCUAAUGAACAUGAAGCGGAGAGAAUACGCCAG